CACUGGCGGUUCAGUUGUGAAUGAAUGGACGUGCCAAAUAGACGUGCCGCCGCCGCUCGAUUCGCACUUUGCUUUCGGUUUUGCCGUCGUUUCACGCGUUUAGUUCCGUUCGGUUCAUUCCCAGUUCCCAAAUAUCGGACAUAGAAAUACACUCCAGCGGUCCCGCAAAGAAUAAGAUAAAGAAAUUUUGAAGAAGUAUAAAAAUAAAUUCGAAAAGUCGAUGGUUUCUCGUUCACUUGUGCUGCCUGCUCAGGACGAGGGCCCCACCAAGAGGCAAGAGAAACAACAAGAGGGAGCAUAGGAACAGGAACGAGAUAAUAGUGACAUAAGCGACCUUUUCGCAAAUAUUUUGGCGCAAAAUGAGCGGGCGCCAAGUGCCGCGUGGUGGAGCCGCCUGAAAAUGACAUGGAAAAUUCGCCGAAAAUCGCGGGUGUUGGCAGCAUCAAUCGUAAAGCACGAAUUUGAUUUCUUUCAUAAUUUGUGGGUGCAACACGGACCCUCAGACCAAAUAUAGGGCUUAUCUGAUAGCCCGGCAGCAACAUUGAACUUUCCGGCUGCGAAGGAGACGACACCAAGCCAAGAUUGCCAAUUUUCGUUCGGCUCGUUCUCUGGGCUCCGGCGAUAAGAAAUCCAUGCUGAUAAGGCCAGGAGGACGGUCCGCGCCAAAUUGAAUCCGAUUCUGACCUGUAUGAAAGCCAGCGGAGAUACGGAUACCUCUGGGUUUAUGGGUAGAAAACGCAGAGCGUCGCGCCAACAUCGAAAUUAUUUGCGUUUGCAUCUUCUCGUCCUUUCGUUUAUCGUUCUUAUUGCCAUCGUGGUGGCGCGGAUUCUAUUAAUUUUGCUUCUGUAUCGUUUGCAAAACCUAAAGAAAUUCAAAAAGUUUGCCAUCAGCAGCCGCAAUACAAAAACCAGCCCAGCCGAGUGUAAAGCCCAGCAUACAAAUAUCAAUACAAACAUAAACAUUUACCCAAUCUCAAUCUCAAAACAUUCGCAUCGUUUCCACACAAAUAUGCUUAGCUCGCCCGAAUUGUGAUUGUACAUAUAUUUUAACGGCAUUAAAUAGAAAUGUUUAAGCAGUAAUUUAAGUGUAAAUCUUACAAAACGUCUACGUUUUUAAAAAAGAAAUUGUGAUAUUAUAUAUUAAACGGGAAAUUCGAAGUAUCAGAACAACACUGUGUAUAUAAAGUGAGCGAUGAACAUCAAUGAAUAUUUUAGCUGAGCAAAGUACACACGAAUGAAUAUAAAUAUACAUAAUAUAUAUUUUGGGCACCGACUUUUACACAACAACUUUAUAUCGAUAGAAAAGACACGAAAACAAUCACAGAAAACUAAGAGUUUCAAAAUCAAAAUUGAGGAAUACCAACUAGAGGAUAAGGCUACAUAAGGAUCAAAGAACACCAAGGAGACGAGAUUUUCUACCAAAUCGAGGGACGAGGGGCAGGAUAAUUUCGUCAAGACAGCAAAUAGAGGAACAGCAAAGCGGAAAUCAUUUUAUACCUCACACAACAACUACACACUAACUAAGAUUAGGCUACGCAACUGUACAUUGUACUUAAGUGUUCAAAGUAUUUUUAGUUUACUUUGUAUAUAAGACAAGUAGCUAAAAGCACGCAGACAGGGAGGCAGGAGCACCACAGUCACUAGCCACUAAGCAGAGUCACAGUCACGAUCACGUUCACUCCAGGAUCAGGACUCGGGGCGGGAUCAGCAGACGCUGAGGAAGCUGCCACAAUGACGAUGAGUACAAACAACUGCGAGAGCAUGACCUCGUACUUCACCAACUCGUACAUGGGGGCGGACAUGCAUCAUGGCCACUACCCGGGCAACGGGGUCACCGACCUGGACGCCCAGCAGAUGCACCACUACAGCCAGAACGCGAAUCACCAGGGCAACAUGCCCUACCCGCGCUUCCCGCCCUACGACCGCAUGCCCUACUACAACGGCCAGGGGAUGGACCAGCAGCAGCAGCAGCACCAGGUCUACUCCCGCCCGGACAGCCCCUCCAGCCAGGUGGGUGGGGUCAUGCCCCAGGCGCAGACCAACGGUCAGUUGGGUGUGCCCCAGCAGCAGCAGCAGCAGCAACAGCCCUCGCAGAACCAGCAGCAACAGCAGGCGCAGCAGGCCCCGCAGCAACUGCAGCAGCAGCUGCCGCAGGUGACGCAACAGGUGACACAUCCGCAGCAGCAGCAACAGCAGCCCGUAGUCUAUGCCAGCUGCAAGUUGCAGGCGGCCGUCGGCGGACUGGGCAUGGUUCCCGAGGGCGGAUCGCCUCCGCUGGUGGAUCAGAUGUCCGGUCACCACAUGAACGCCCAGAUGACGCUGCCCCAUCACAUGGGACAUCCGCAGGCGCAGUUGGGCUACACGGACGUUGGAGUUCCCGACGUGACAGAGGUCCAUCAGAACCAUCACAACAUGGGCAUGUACCAGCAGCAGUCGGGAGUUCCGCCGGUGGGUGCUCCACCUCAGGGCAUGAUGCACCAGGGCCAGGGUCCUCCACAGAUGCACCAGGGACAUCCUGGCCAACACACGCCUCCUUCCCAAAACCCGAACUCGCAGUCCUCGGGGAUGCCGUCUCCACUGUAUCCCUGGAUGCGAAGUCAGUUUGAACGCAAACGCGGAAGGCAGACGUACACCCGGUACCAGACUCUAGAACUGGAGAAGGAGUUUCACUUUAAUCGCUACUUGACCCGUCGGCGGAGGAUCGAGAUCGCCCACGCCCUAUGUCUCACGGAGCGCCAGAUAAAGAUUUGGUUCCAGAACCGGCGCAUGAAGUGGAAGAAGGAGAACAAGACGAAGGGCGAGCCGGGAUCCGGAGGCGAAGGCGACGAGAUAACGCCACCCAACAGUCCGCAGUAGGAUAGACGGAGUCUACCCAGUUAAAUGAAAUUUCUAUCUAAAUACAAUUUACGUUAGUUCGGAGAGCGCAAAUGAAUUUACUUCGACUUCCCAGAGGACUAUCUAUUAACUAUCCAAUCCGUUGAACUUCGCGUGAACAAACCUAAACUAAACUAAACAAAGAGAAGAGCUGAGAACUCUACCUACAACUUAGUUAAUUGUUAUUAUUUUCUACUUAUUAUUUAAUUGUACACGAAAGGCAAGUGGAGAAAGCGAAAUAAGAUAAACGUAAAGAUAGCGAUUACGAUAAAGAUACAAGUAAAGCGUAAAACUCAAACAAAACCAACUCAUGUGACCUCAGAUCUAAAUAAGCUAUAUUUAACUAUAAAGCAUAUAUAUACACAUAAAUAUAUGAAUAACUAUAAAUGAUACCAAGUAAAGCUAAAGGCAAGGAGUAAUAUAUAAAUAAAUAUAUAUGAAGCAUAUAUACUAUAACAUUAGUUCUACGCGUCAUAAGUACUGUACGAUUAACUUAUAUAUACACCCCAGCAUAAACCCUAAACCUAAAGCCUAAACAUUAAACUAAAUCAAUGUUUGUAGCAAUCCUAGCGCAAAAAUAUAAAAUAAAAUCCAAUAAAUAUAAAAUUAAAAACAAAUGGCGUCACAAUCCAUUGCAUGUUGGUUCACGAACCUAUACAUUUUUCAUAACUCUGAACAUGAUAAUAGAAAACUUCGAUCUAAGUGAAUGUCGCACGUUUAGGGAAAGAGAUACCAAAACCACUAAAGAGCGUUGCUUAAAGUAAACUAAACGUGUUGCACAUACAAGAAAAGUAAAACCUAGAAACUGGCAGAAGCUUAACUAUAAAUAGAAGGAAAUAACAAAAAAUUGGCCAACCUAAAAAAUGUAAAUUUCUACGGUAAUCCAUUAUAAAAAACUCGCAAUUGGAUAUUUAAGCUUAACCAAUUUGAGAGUUCCUCUUUUUUUGGCUUAAAUACCCAUUAUUUCUGUACUUUCUUUUAUAUGUAAUUUCUUGUGCAAUUUUAAGUUCUUGCAAAAAACAAAAUUCGAAUUAGGUCGAAAAGGAUAUAAAGUAUACCGAAUUAAAAAAAUAUCAAUUGGCAAAUGAAAAAGAGAAAUAAAAAUUGUUAACAGAGGAACACAAAAAAUAUGUAUAAACAAUGAAUUCUAACAAAACCCCUGUAAAGUAGUAAAUUAAAAUGCAUUAUUAUACGAGAUAGUAGGGAAACCACUUUGAAAGAGCAACCGAACGAUUUAUAUAUGAAUAUUUGCCUAACAACUAUAUUAAUGUAUGUGUACGUAACUUAAACUCAUUUUCCACGCCAUCUGUGGAAAUCCAUAUACCAAAGUCAAAGGAACGAAGGAGAAAGAAAGGAGGACGGGAUGGAAAACUAUAAAGUAUCAUAUGUUUAUAUGUAGAUAUAUAUGUUUAAACAAGCCUAAUACAAAACAUGUAACUUUAUAGAGUGUUUCGUUUGUAACUUCCCCAGAAGUCCCAUUUCCCUUCCCAGCCCGAUUCCCAAUCCCAGGUGAAAGGAUUUGUGAUUUGCAAUAGAACAGAAUAGUCAAGAGAAAUCUGAAAUCUGAAAAAACUUUGCGUCGUAUUGGCUAAACAACCUUCAGAGCGAAAUUCAACUCAAUCCAGAUACGUAACUUUCGGCCUCAUUCUGUAAGAAACUAAUUUAAGUUUCAAUUAUGAAAAUUAUUAAAAAAUGAAAAAAAAAAUAUAUAUGUAGAAAGUAGAAAUUCACAAGAAACAAAAUUCGAAAGCGUUGAUUAAAAUAUAUAUAUUUGAAACAAAACUAAAACAUUAAAUAAACCCAAGCAUUUGUGCGAAAUUCGACGAAAUGUGGAAGCUAAACAAUUUGUUGUAAAUAAAAUUUAAACGUUAGUGUAAAGAAAUGAGCGGAGAAUGCAGUGGAAGGGCUGCAAAGCGGAAAGCAUAAAGAAAAUUAUAAUUAAAUUACAAAUGAGAUUUUGUUUUUAUUUGUAAUAUUUAUAAUAAAAAUAUAGUAUUUAAAAAUUU